AUGUUUAGACCCACCCAAUCGACAUCUUAUCCCCAGCAACAAUAUCAAAAACAACAACAACAACGGCAACAACAGCAGCAGCAGCGUCAGUAUUUGCAGAAACAGCAGCAACGACAUCUGGAACUACUACAACAACAACUUCAGGAUCAGGAGCAAAAACUCAACCAACAACAACAACAACAACAACAACAACAAAAGCUUCUUCAACAAUAUCAGCAGGUGCAGUAUCCCUUUCAACAACACUCUGAUCUACAGCAAGAGCAUAGCCAAGACUAUUAUUCACUACCUCCAAACAAUUUGAAUCACAAGGAAGCUUCGAGAUUACAACAACAACCGCAAGCACACCACCCUACACCAUCGCAACAACAGUUUACGCCAAGUAGCUUCACCUCUACAAACAGACCUCUACAACUGUCACAACAGCCGCAGCAACAGGCAGGACACAAUCAAAUUCUGAGCCGACAAGACACAAAUACCACGACCCCUCAACAGAAUUAUCAACAACAACUACAACCACAACAAGUGAGUUCAUCAUUCCCCCGUCCCAGCUCACAAACACACCAGUUGCAUCCGUACCAGCAUCCACUACAAUAUCAGCUACAGUAUUCACAACCGAUGUCAGCACAUAAUAGUCAAAGACAAUUGCCACCACAGCAGCAACAUCAUCACCAUCAACAACAGCAGCAGCAACAAUUCUCACAGCAAAUACAGCACCCACAACCACUGUUGUAUGAUGCCAACAAUUACAUGUACCAAGCUAUACCAUCAAGCUACCAGCCACGUCCGCAAUUGGCUUUUCAACAACAACAACAGCAACACCCUCCACCGCCACAAGAGUACUAUGUGCCUGUUGUAAAUAACCCAUCAAUCUCUUCAGCAUCGCCAACGUCUUCUUCUAUUCAAAAGGAACGCAAAUUGAAGGGAUCAGAAGCUGUGGCAGCAACAACAGGAACAGCAGCAACAGCAGCAACAGCAACCGCUAGUCCCGUUGAAACCCAUGAGAUGGUUAUCCUACCCAAUUUCCCUGAACGGUUGCAAAAAAUUCUCCCUCAUCCGCCCUUGGCAAAAGCUCCUGUGCGUCCUGACAUUACAGCAUCAUCUACAGCUAAAAGAGCUAAGCGGAAAUCGAGGUUUACACCAGAACAAGAUGAUUUAAUUGUUCGGUUGAAAAGAAGUGGGAAAAGUUGGGAUGAAAUUGCGGAAAUUACUGGUGUUGGAUCCUACUUGACUGCGAGAAACAGAUAUCAAGUUAUUGUUGGACAACAAGGUAACAAUAACUCAAGUGCUUGGGAUAAUAACGAUAAGAUAUUCUUGAGAAAUUUGUUGGAUCCAGCCGAGUUUGAAAAAUGGAGGUAUAUUGCCUCUGAAUUGAAUAAAUCAACCAAUAAGAACUUCAAUGACUUCGAAGUUCGAGAAAUGGUUCGAGUCUUAUUUUGGCUGAAUCCAGCAAGUUUUGGAGUUAGCGAAGAACUGAUUAAGGAGGCGGUGAAGGAAAAGAAGUUGACUGAUAAAACAAUCGAACAAAGAGAACAACAACGGAAGAAGAAAAUGAGCAAAGUUGUUGGAGUUGAUAUAGACGAUGGAGGCGGUGGUGGUACUUCUGGAUCCAAAGAUGUUUCUGAUGACCAGAGGAACUUUUAUCGUGAUGAUAACCAAAUCACUCAACAACCCUCAUCCAAUAUUUAUACCAAGCCUUAUUAA